AUGUACACCACGGCUUUCGCGCUCUUCGAGGCUUUGUGGGAGGUUGGCAUCACCGUCUGUUUCGUCAAUGUGGGCUCAGAUCAUCCGUCCAUCAUCGAAGCCAUCGUCAAGGGCAAGAGAGAGCGGCCAGACAAAUGGCCCCGCUUCAUAACCUGUCCAUCGGAGAUAACAGCUAUAUCGAUGGCAGAUGGCUACGCGAGGAUAUCUGGCCGGGCGCAAGCUGUCGUAGUUCAUGUCGAUGUGGGCACGCAAGCGCUUGGACAGGGCCUACACAAUGCAAGCGUCGGUCGGGCGCCUGUGUUCAUCUUCGCCGGAAUGUGUCCCUAUACUGAGGCUGGGGAGAUGAUAGGGUCACGGACCGAGUAUAUGCACUGGCUGCAGGAAGCGCCUGACCAGAAAGCCAUCGUUCGCCAAUAUUGCAGAUAUACUGGCGAGAUCCGGACAGGCCUCAACGUCAAGCAGACCGUUGCACGUGCGCUGCAGUUUGCAAACAGUGGACCCAAAGGACCAGUCUAUGUUGCAAGCGCACGAGAAACACUUGCGGAGGUAGUCGAGGAGCCUUACCGGUUGGACCAGGAACAGUGGAAAGCCGUCGGUCCCAGUGCUCUGCCAGCUGAUGCGGUUGAAGAGGCAAGUCCUACAUCUAUGCGCUUACAAGACAUCUCACUUACGCGUUGUCCCGAACAACUGGUCGCUCUCGCAGAUCUCAUCCCUGGCUUGCGAGUGCAUGACACUGGAGGCAGCGACCUUUGCUUUCCUUUCUCGCACCCGGCUUCGCAAGGCUUCCGUCUUAGCACCGAUGAAUGCACACGCGAUGCUGACAUGAUCUUACUCCUCGACUGCGACGUCCCUUGGACUCCAUCAGUAAAUCCGCCACCGAGAGGCACGCGCAUAUACCAGAUCGACAUCGAUCCUCUGAACGAACGCAUUCCAGUUUCGUUCUUCCCAGCGCAUGGACGGUGGAGAGCUGAAUGUUAUACUGCAUUGAAGCAAAUUAUGUCUCACAUCACGACAUCUCCCUUAAGUCGGACGCUUCAAGAGUCUUCAUUCUUGGAACGCAAAAAGGUUCUUGAAGAUGACCAUGAACAGAAACUCGUUGAAAUCGCGGCACGAUGUCACUUGGGCGAAGAGCAAUCUCUUGACGCGAGCAACAUCGGCCAUCUUCUUAAGCAAACUCUUCCGGACACAACGGUAUUCGUGGUCGAGGCUGUGACAUGCGGGCAGCUUCUCUCGGAUCAGAUUCAGGCCGAUAGACCUGGCAGUUGGAUCAAUUGUGGUGGAACUGGUAUCGGCUGGAGUAAUGGCGCAGCACUAGGUGUCAAGAUGGCCACAGAAGACGCGGCCGUUACUGCGGAUAUUGUGAAUAAGCCGACGCUCAUUUGCCAGAUUGUUGGAGACGUAAGCUUCAUGUGCGCGGCACCUUCGAGCGCGUUGUGGGUCGCCUCCAAGUACAAAAUAGCCAUCCUCACGAUUGUACUCAACAAUGGUGGCUUCAAGGCUCCCAAGAACUCAACCGCCUUGGUGUAUCCUGAUGGUUUAAACGCGGGAGCGACUGAUGAUGAGAUGAACAUCUCCUUCAGGCCAUCUCCAAACUAUGCAGCACUCGCAGAAGCAGCUGCUGGAAGCCAGAGUUCGAAAGCCUCGACGCAGGAUCCAAAUCAGUGGAUGGAAGGCGUCCGGGUAGAUUCAGUAGCAUCUUUGAGGAAAGAGCUUGGUAAAGUCUCACAGCGAGUGCUAGAGGCGAAAAAGGGCAUGUUGAUUGAGGCUUUGAUAGCCUAG